CUGGCUAAAUGCAAUGGCUUAAGAGCAGGAUCCAUGGAGCUAGCUCCAAGUGGCGUAAAGCCAAACAUUUUCAUUGAUCCGAUGAGCGCAAAGCAAAAAGUUUGCAAUGGCGUGGUGAGUAGCAAGGCAGAGGCUAAAGUCUCCAAUGGCCUGGCAAGCACCCAAGAAAAAGUCUCCAAUGGUCUUACGAGCAACAAGAAACAAGUCUCCAUUGGAAUGAUGAGCAGCAAGACUAAGGCUAAAUUCUCCAGGGACCCAGUGAGCCCGCAGGCUAAACUCAAUGGUUUGUUCAACAAGCAAAAAGUCUCCAAUGACAUGAUGAGUAACAAGGCUGAGGUUAAAGUUUUCAAUGGCCAGACAAGCACUCAGAAGCAAGAUUGCAAUGGUCUGACGAGUAACAAGGAACAAGUCUCCAAUGACAUGAUGAGCAACGAGACUGAGAUUAAAGUUUCCAAUGGCCAGACAAGCACUCAGAAGCAAGAUUGCAAUGGUCUGACGAGUAACAAGGAACAAGUCUCCAAUGGCAUGAUUAGCAACAAAGCUGAGGUUGAAGUUUCCAUGAUAAGCAGCAAGACUACGGCUAAAGUCUCCAGUGACCCAGUGAGUCCGCAGGCUAAACUCUUCAAUGGUUUGCUCAACAAGCAAAAAGUCUGCAAAAGUUUGAUACCAAUGGAGUCAGUUCUUCAACCUGUUCAAUUAGCAGAGCAACCAACCAACCAUGGUGGUCGACGCAGACACGGUCGAUCGUGUCCACGUCUACCGACGCCAACGCGUUUUGUGCCGCCCGAGCUGCAGUCAGUGGACAGCAUGACGUCUGCCGACUUUCGCCACGAUCAUGCCGCCCAUGUGGAGAACAUGCGCACCCGGCAAAAGGAUCAGCAGCACAUGCACUUCUUCCAGGCGAUGAUCGAGGACAACAAGCAUCUCUUUGUGAGUCGCUGCAUACUCGUCGUCAGCUGCGGCUCGGGCACUUUGGCGCUGUUGGCUGCGCAAGCUGGUGCCGCUCAGGUUUAUGCCAUAGAUCGCUCCAAUGCCACGGACUAUGCCCGACUGGUGGUCAAAGAGAAUCACUACGAGCAUGUGAUCAAGGUGUUGCAUGGCAGAGUGGCAGAGAUAGACCUAGAGCAACCUGUGGAUGGCAUCAUUUGCAACUGGAUGGGACACUGUCUGCUCUUCGAGUCGGAGCUGGUGCAGCUGCUCCAGGCACGCGAUCGUUGGCUCAAACCCAACGGAUUCAUCUUGCCAGAUCUGGGCUCGCUGUAUUUGCUGGGCGCCGACGAACAGCGGCUGAAGAACGAAACCUGCAACUGGUGGCUCGAUGUCUACGGCUUCAACAUGAAGGCCCUGCGUCGCUAUUCGCUCGCCGAGCCACGUUACGCACGCAUUAAAGGCGAUCGUCUGCUCACCAAGGCGCACAAAGUGCUGAGCUUGGAUUUGAACACUGCCAGCAUGGAGCAGCUGAGGAUUGAACGCAACAUACAGUUGCAAGUGCAGCGCGAGACAUAUUUGGAAUGCUUUGUUCUAUACUUUGACGUGGCCUUCAGUCGUUCCCAUCAGCCGCUGAAGCUUAGCUGCAACCCUUGGCUAGGCGAUCGCCUUAAAUCGCUGUGGCUUCAAACUGUGCUCUUCGUGGAUCAACCCUUUGUGAUGCGUUGCAAGCACGAAUAUGUGGGGCAGCUGGCAUUUAAGCCAGUGCGGCAGGCAGCGCAAUUAUCUCAGCUGAAUCUGCAUGAAAUGCAGCUGGAGAUUGAGUUGUCUGAGAUCGUGACGAGAAUCUCGAGAAUUGUGGAAAGGCGUGUGAAGAAAAUGUGGCUGAUGAUGCCGCGCUUCCAAAGCGUGCAUGAGGUGGAAGCUUGCCAGGAUCAGCUGCAGUUGUAG